ACCCGCGGAGCACAGCGUCAACGACGACCCUGUAUCUCAGUCGCUUGAUCCGGAACCCAAGAUCACCGAGGCACUGCGCCUCAUUACCGUUACCCCCUUCAAGCUCGAUAUAACCGCAAUUAUGUUCUCGCUCCGCAGCGUCCUCGGCGCGCCCAGCGCCCUCCGCCAGCUCCUCCCCUCCGUGUCUCGCCGAUCAAUUCCUGGCGCUCUGUCUCUUCGUCCUUUUUCGCAUAUGAUCCGGAACAGCUUGACGAGACUGCGGGCUACUUCUUCAGGGACGGGUAGUGCGGCUGCUGUCACCGUUGGGGCUACCCGGCAGAUUGAGCAAGUUCGCGGCAUGAAGACCCGCUCUUCGGUCAAGCGGUUGUGUGAUGGGUGCAAGCCUGUCCGUCGAAAGAACCGUGUGUAUAUUAUCUGCUCGAAGAACCCCAAGCACAAGCAACGGCAAGGAAAAUAGAGUGGAAACCAACAACUCUCCUCUCUGCUUUUUGUUUCGACGGCAUGCAUGAUUUUGAUACCUCCGAUCCCGGCCUGAUUUGCUCGAUACAACACAUGAUAUCUAGAAAGGUCUCGCUAUGAUAGACAUUUUGUUGGGUGUCUUUCUACUCUGGUGGUGUAUGAUCUGCCUGAUCAGGCCGGAGACAUGGAAUUUCGUCUCGACUCUUCAAUUGGUGGCAUACACCCUGCAUACUUGUUUCCAGCCCAUAAGUUCUUUGGGAUAUCGCGGCGCUUGGGUCUUUACACUUGUACAUUAGCUUUCCGACUAGAAUUGCUGGUCUUCUAUGUUUCAAUCAACUCGAUCAAUUUCUAUACAAAUUUGGCAUAACCCCCAUCAUUGAGAUCUACUAAAAGACAUGAAU